AUGAACAAUGCCAAGACCUUUGACUAGCAGGAAAGCUCAAUGAAAUACGAAGCACAGGAGAAAAUGAUCGUAGUGAGGCCAAUCGACAAAAACUAUCAGCAAUCUGUAGUUCAGUCAACUGCAUACAUUAAUCAAAAGGGAGGCACUCAACAUAGAUACACGAACUCACUGUUUUCUCCAAGCAACCAGCCAUAGUUUAGAACUCCGUAGCAGGCCUUGAGAGAAAACAAGAACGAGCUCAACAAAGCCAAAAUGAGGGAGAGCUAUGAUGGUCAGAUUUACAGAUUGCCUGAGAGUUCACCGAAGUAAUCUGAAUACUUGAUUAUUCGUGAUCGCACUGAAAUCAAAACACAUAUGUGUGGAUGUAUUGAGAUAAAAGAGAAUUAAGACCCUGAUUUGCUUAGUUAUGACAAAGAGCAGCCAAUGGACCCUGAGUAUUACGAGGACAGGAAUGACGAAUAAAGUUUUAGUUAUUGUGCAAUAUUUUGA